AUGAAUUGCCUGGCUCUCUCAUUGGGCUUCUUGUUGCAGACCGUUGAAAUACUGAUCUUUCCCUAUUUGGCUUCAGUGCCCCUGGCCGCCUCCCAGGGCCUUUGCCCAAGGCUGGAGAAUGUGGGCACUUUCAAGAAGGUUUCCAUUGUGCCAUCCCAAGCGGUGUGUGGACUUCGAGGUCCGGGUGCUUCUUUUCAUAGCUCUGCAACUGCUGAAAAUCUUCAGUUGUGCAUGCAGAGGCUGUGCGUUCCAGAUUGCCCCUACCGAUCUCUCUCUCCCUCUUACACUGCUCUCUUAGAAGGCCUUGGGAGCUGCAAUCCAGAGGACCACAGUGAUGUUCACCUUUACUCCCAGAGCAACUCCACGAGUUUUGUUUUCAGAAAUCCCAAAAACUGCUUUUCUUCUCUUCUGCCUCCAAAGUUGGCCGCAGAAUUCCCAUUGGCCGUGUGGUUGAAACCUGAGCAAGAAGGUGUAAUGUGUGUGAUUGAAAAGACAGUGGAUGGGCAGAUUUUGUUCAAAGUUACAAUAUCAGAGAAAGAGACCAUGUUUUAUUAUCGCACACUAAAUGGUUUGCAGCCUCCAAUAAAAGUAAUGACACUGGGGAGAAUUCUUGUGAAGAAAUGGAUUCAUCUCGGUGUGCAGGUACAUCAGACAGAAAUCAGUUUCUUUAUCAAUGGCUUGGAGGAGAACAACACAGCUUUUGAUACAAGAACUCUACGUGGUUCAAUUACAGAUUUUGCCUCCGGUAUUAUAAAAAUAGGACAAGGUUUAAAUGGGUUAGAGCAGUAUGUUGGAAGAAUGAAAGAUUUUCGAUUGUACAAUGUGGCACUUACCAACAGGGAGAUUCUGGAGCUCUUUUCUGGAGAUCUGCGUCACUUGCAUGUUCCAUCACGUUGCUGCUGCCCGGGCAGUCCCCCUCAUGUGCCCCCCCUGGAUCAGCGAUUCUGCAUUCCCAAUGACGCACAAGAGAGGUCCAAUCACCGAGCGUCAAGGCUGAAUCCUGAAGCACAUCCUCUCUCCUUCAUCAAUGAUGAUGAUGUUGAUACCUCCUGGGUUUCCCAAGUGUUUACAAAUGUCACCCAGCUCCAUGGAGGAGUGAUUAUUUCAGGAGACUUAGAAAAUGGACAGUAUCAGGUAUUUCAAAUCGUCAUUCGAUUCUCUCGUCCUCAGCCAACAGCAGUAAGACUUCAAAGGAAGAAGGACGGCAGUCCGGCGUGGGAAGAUUGGCAGUGCUUUGCCACACAUUGCAGUGUUUUUGGAAUGGAAAGUAACGGAAAUUUGGAAAACCUUGAAUCUGUCACCUGCCCUCAGCUUCCAAAAUGCCAGUGCCAUGGGCACGCUCAUACCUGUGACAGGACCAGCGGGCCAUACAGGUGCAUCUGCUCACAGGAAAGCGUCACCGAAGGACACCAGUGUGAUUGCUGUUUGCCUCUCUAGGACAAGCCUUUCGAUGGAGGUGAUCACGGCCAUGCAUUCAACUGUAAACCUUGUCAGUGCCACGGCCACGCGGGAAGCUGCCAGUCCAACAGCUCCGUGGACCCCUUUCCACUGGGGCACCACAGAGGGCCAGGCGGGGUCUGUGAGGACGGCCAGCAUCACACCACAGGAGGAAACGGUGAGCUGUGCGAGCCUUGCUUUUUCCAACAAGUUGGUGCGGAUCCCUCGGCCAUUGAUAUGUGCAAGCCCUGCAGUUGUGACGGAGCUGGAGUUAGGAACGGCAGCCUCCUCUGUGACCUGGUUGGACGCCAGUGUAAUCGUAAGAGACGAGUGUCUGGCAGACGGUGCCUUCGGUGCCAGGAUGGAGUCUAUGACCUGCAGGAGCUACAUCCUGAUGGCUGCCACCCCUGUAACUGCAACACCCCGGGGACUGUCAAUGGAGACAUUACCUGUCACCCAAAUUCAGGCCAGAGCCUGUGCAAGGCAAACGUUUUUGAGCUUAAAUGUAAUCGCUGCAAAUUCGGAUUUAAAUUUCUCCGAAGUUUUAAUGAUGAUGGAUGUGAACCCUGCCGGUGUAACCGCCACGGCUCAGUGAACCAACUCUGCAAUCCCCUUUCCGGGCAGUGUGAGCGCAAAAGAGAAGCCAGAGGACUUAAAGGUGACACUUGUAGAGAAAACUUUUAUGGGUUGGCCGGUAUUUCUUGUAAGGCCUGUGACUGCAACAGAGCUGGCUCACAGCCCGGGACAGUCUGUGAUGUCGAGACAGGACAGUGCAUCUGUAAGCCCAACGUUGGAGGGAGACAGUGCAACCAGUGUUUGCCAGGCUACUUCCUGUGUCAAAGUAAUUCCUUCCUCUGUGUGUCUUGGUACUGCCAUGAGACUGGCUCUCUGCUGUGUGACAAAUCAACACGGCAAUGUCCUUGCAAAUUAAGGGUCACAGGUCUGCACUGCAAUCAGUGUGAAUCUCACAGAUACAAUUUGACCUUAGACAAUCUUCAAGGCUGCCAGAUGUGUGAGUGCGACUCGUUAGGGACAUCACCUGGAUCCAGCUGUGACCCGAUCAGCGUCAGCAGGCAGUGCCUAUGCCUGCCUCAUCAGCAGGGAAGAAGUUGUGAUCAGUGUGAGCCAGGAUUUUAUAUUUCUCCUGACCAUGCCUUUGGCUGCCUACCCUGCCCUUGCCACAGGGCUGGUGCAGUGAACGAAGUCUGUAACAACCUCACUGGACAGUGUGCUCACGGCCACGCUUCCACUGCUCAGCAACGCUGUGACCAAUGUCAAUACCAUUACUUUGGGUUCGAGCCACAGACUGGAAGAUGCCAGCCUUGUCCUGUUAUGGGAUCCUUGAAUGAAACUUGUGACUUGGUCACAGGCCAGUGUUUCUGCAAACAGUUUGUCAUGGGCUUCAAGUGCAGCACUUGCGUUACUGGUGCGAGCCACUUGGAUAUCAACAAUCUAUUGGGCUGCAGCAAAACUCGGUCCCAGCAACCUCCACCCAGAGGACAAGUUCAAAGUUCUUCUGCCAUCAAUCUGUCCUGGAGUCCACCUGAUUCUCCCAAUGCCCAUUGGCUUACCUACACUCUAUUCAGGGACGGUCCUGAAAUCUACACAACUGAAGAUCAGCAUCCCUACAGUGAUCAGUACUUCUCAGGCUCUGGCCUGUCACCUUGUCCAUCUUAUACCUACGCCAUUGAGACCACCAGUGUGCAUGGUCCAGCAAAGAGUACUGCUGUCAUAGACAAGAUGAAGUCAGGGGUCCCAGAAGCACUCUUCAACUUGACUCAUGUCUUUCCUGUUAGCUCUCACUCUGUGACACUGACCUGGAGUGAGGUCUCUGAUCACUCUGAUCCUGUUUUAUCCUGCACACCUUUGGACAGCAUUGAGCCCUGUGCUCCCUUUGAAGGUCAGGAAACCUUAGCCACCAUAUGGAACCUGGUCCCAUGCACCCAGUACUCCUUUUCUGUGCAGGCAUGUACUAGUGGGGGCUGUUUACACAGUUUGCCCAGUACAGUAACCACAGCCCAGGCACCUCCCCAAAGGCUGAGUCCACCUGUGAUACAGAAAAUCAGUUCCACAGAACUUCAUUUAGCAUGGUCUCUACCAGUGGAAGUGAAUGGCAUAAUUGUCCGAUAUGAAUUAUACAUGAAAAGAUUGGAAUCUACUGAAGAAGGUCCAGUGUUUGAGAGUAGUGGCUGGCUCAGCCCUCAGCCCUCUUCAGGAUCAGCCAAUGACAAUGCACUACAACCUCCCCAAACCACUGCAUCCAUCACUGACUUGGAGCCAUACACAGAGUACCAGUUUAGGUUGUUAGUUGUGAAAAUGGCUGGCAGUGUGUCUUCUGCCUGGAUCUCCGGAUGGACAGGAGAAUCAGCGCCUGUCUUCAUGUUCCGUCCUUCAGUCCGCCCACUGUCAUCGUGCUCACUCAGUGUCUCCUGGGAGAAGUCAGGAGAGGAUGUUACAAGAGGAGACAUUGUAGGCUAUCACAUCAAUAUGGUUUCUGAGCAAUCACCCCAGCAAGAUAUUCCCAGGAUGUUUUCAAAGCUGAUACAUUCUGCCAAGUCCGAAGAACAGUCCUACAUCGUGGAGGGCCUCAAGGCUUAUAGGAUCUACACAUUUACUGUCUCUCUCUGCAAUUCAGUGGGCUGUGUGGCCAGUGCUUCCAGGGCAGGACACACCUUGGCGGCAGCUCCUGCUCAGCUGAGGUUUCCUGUGGUAACAGGAAUCAACAGGAGUACAAUCCAUCUCCAGAAGCAUCGGCCUGCAGAGAUCAAUGGUCUACCUCCUCUGUACAAGCUAGAAAGGAGAGCAUCAUCUCUACCUGCUCCCAUGGCUGCAGUGACAAAGGGAACCCACUUCACAGGGAAUGGGCACUACAAAUUCCCCAGCACAGCUCACCCAUUCAGUGAAGACUUCACAGGCAUCAAGGCCAACUUCCAAACAAGAGUGCCUGAAGGUCUGAUCAUCUUUGCAUCAUCCCUUGGCAGCCAGGAACAAUAUUUUGCACUCCAGUUGAAGAAUGGCCAUCUGUAUUUUCUUUUUGAUCCUCAGGGAUCACCAGUGAAGGUUACCACAACUGAUGAUCAUGGUAAACAAUACAGUGAUGGCCAGUGGCAUGAAAUGGUUGUAGUCAGACAUCAGGCUUUUAACCAAAUCACUUCUGAUGGGCAGUACACAGGCUCCUCAGCCUCUCUGAACCGUAGCAGGUUGAUUGGAGGCAGCAUGGAACUGUUCAUGGGUGGGCUGCCACAAGGUUACCCAGUACUCGAAAAGGAGCAUGAGAUAAUUCAGAGAGGAUUUGUGGGUUGUCUCAAAAAUGUACAUUUUAUGAUGAAUCUAAGUUCCUCUGUUACUUGGAUACCCCUGGAUUGGAAGAGUUCCGAGGAGCAGGUCAAUGUGUUCAGCUGGGAGGGGUGCCCCACUUCACUGAAAGAAGGAGCCCAUUUCCUGGGAGCAGCUGAGACACAAGUAGACAUGGCUGGCUUCCUGGAGCUUCCCUCAGACACGGUUCAUGGUGGAAAGCACUUUGAGAGUUCCCUGAAGUUCAGAACUGACCAAUUAAAUGGAUUGCUUCUUUUCAUUUACAACAAAGAUGGACCAGAUUUUCUUGCUACUGAGCUGAAGAGUGGACUGUUGAGCUUCCGGUUAAAUUCCAGUCUUAUCUUUACACAAGUGGAUCUCUGGCUGGGGCUGGCUUAUUGUGAUGGAAAGCGGAAUAAAGUCGUUAUUAAAAAGGGAGGCGCCAGGGUGUCAGCAAGUGUGAAUGGACUGGCAGAGCAUUUCUCAGAGGCUGGAGCUCGGCCACUUGUGAUGAAUUCACCUGUCGAUGUGGGGGGCAUCCCACAGGAGCUGCAGAACUCCUACAGACAUUUGACAUUGGAACCAGGAUUCGGAGGCUGUGUGAAGGAAGUUACAUUUACACAGAGUACUGUCGUUAACUUGGCAUCUGUGUCCAGCCGUGCUGUCAGAGUCAAUCUGGAUGGUUGCCUAUCAAGUGACAGGACUGUUAACUGCAGGGGAAAUGACUCCAUCCUGGUUUAUCAGGGAAGCGAGCCAAGUGUUUAUGAGAGUGGUCUCCAGCCCUUUACCGAAUAUCUGUAUCGAGUGAUAGCCUCACAUGAUGGAGGUUCGGUGUACAGCGAUUGGAGUCGGGGCCAUACAACAAGAGCAGCUCCACAAAGUGUGCCAACCCCCUCACGGGUCCGCAGUCUAAAUGGAUUCAGCAUUGAGGUGACCUGGGAUGAACCUGCUUUGGUUAAAGGCAUGGUGGAGAAGGACAUUCUGAAAGCCUACCUUGAAGAUCAGCACAGCCCCCAGCCCCGGACGCCCUCUGCCAGGGGUGUCACCUCCAGCACCCUCACAGGCAUACUGACAGGCCUGCCACCCUUCCAUAGCUAUGCACUAACCCUGACUGCUUGUUCUCUGGCGGGCUGUACGGAGCGCUCACGUGCAUUGAACAUCUCUACUCCACAAGAAGCUCCACAAGAGUUUCAGCCUCAAGCAGCCAAAGUUCGUCCUAAUUCUUUGUUGCUGUCCUGGGAUCCACCCAGACAAGCAGAUGCGAUCAUAACUCACUGCUCUUCAUACGUGGAUAGGAGGCUGAUCCACACAGUCACAGAUUUAGGAGUAUUCACAACCCACCAGUUUCUACUUGGUGCAUGCACACAUGCAGGGUCCAUAAACAGCUCCAGAGUCAUCCCACAUAUGGCAGAGCUAUCACCAGAGCAAGUAGAUGCCCCAAUGUUGACUGUCCUGGAUUCUAGAAUUAUACAUGUACAGUGGAAACAACCAAGGCAACUAAAUGGAGGUCUUGAACGCUACAUAUGGUACAUUUCACAUCAUACACAGAAUUCCACAAAAUGGAAUGCUGUCUACAACGGCACCAAAAAGCCCCAGGAUUACCUGCUACAGAUCCUGUCCCCUGGGAGUAAAUACCUUGUCAAGCUGGGAGCUUGUACGGGUGGCAGCUGUACACUGAGUGAGCUGAGCGAGUCCCGCACAGAGGAGAUGUUUCCAGAAGGUGUGGCAGCCCCCAGAGCCUGCUCCUACUCACUCAACUCCUUUCACAUCUCCUGGACUGAGCCCGAGUAUCCGAAUGGCACUAUCACAAGUUAUGGAUUGUACCUGGAUGAUGUACUAAUUCACAAUUCUUCAGAAGUCAGUGGCCACACCUACAGAUUAGCUCCUGGGAGCUCACACUCCUUUCCAGUCAAAGCAUGCACGGCCAGAUGUUGUGUUCUGGGCCUGCUGGUGGAAAAUCAGACUCUGGAAGCCCCUCCUGAAGGCUCAGUCAAUGUGCUUGUCAGAACAGAGGGAUCCCGGGGGGCCUACAUGAAGUGGGAGGCACCUCUUCACCCUAAUAGGCGCUUAACCUACUCAGUUGCUUUUACUGGGAAUUUCUAUGCCGAGCAAGGUUACUGUUCGGGCCUCUCGAGUUUUUCUUGCUGGUAUCCUCUGGUGGGCAGCCUGGCUUCUCCACACUGGGUCGGCUCCUGGGUCAUCUGGUGGAAGUCAUACGGCAGCUGCUCAUCCUCCAUGCCACCGUUUGACACACUGGCCAAUAGCUUAGGAAGCAGGGAAGAAAAUACACUGCGGGCGCUGGUCAAUGGUUUAAUCCCUUUCACCAACUACACAGUACACAUGAGCACGUCCAGUACCCAGGGCAGCUUGGUCAGUGACCCUGUUCUGAUUGAAAUGCCUCCAGGGACUCCAGAUGGCCUUCUGCCCCCCGGGCCUGCAUCUGCCACUCCAACCAGUCUUCAGGUUGUCUGGUCUACACCAGCUCAUAACAACACCCCAGGCUCUCCCAGAUACCAGCUCCAGAUGAGGCCUGGCCACUCCACCCAUGGCUUUCUUGAAUUGUUUGCCAGUCCCUCUGCAGCGUUAAGCUGUGAAGUGAGGGAUCUCCAGCCAGUCACCAUGUAUGAGUUUCGGUUGGUUGCCACCAAUUUCUUUGGCAGUACGCACAGUCCUUGGGCUCCACUCAUUAUGGCAGAGGACAAACUCGGGCCUCUGGAUGCUCCGGCGCUGAUGAGUAUGAAAUCACGAGAGCUGUCAGUCAUCUGGCCACGCCCUUUGAAGUGCAGUGGGGUUAUAACCCAUUAUAACGUUUACUACCAUGGCCAGCUGUACUUGAGAACGUCUGGAGACCUCACUAACUGCACUGUCAUCCGUCUGGAACCCCACGCGGCUUACCAGCUCCAUGUCGAAGCCUGCACCUCCAAGGGAUGUUCCCUGUCACCUGAGUCCCAGACUGUGUGGACACUCCCAGGCGCACCAGAAGGUGUCACCAGCCUAGAGCUCUUCUCAGAUGCUCCAACAUCUGUCAUCAGAUCUUGGCAAUCCCCCAUCCACCCCAAUGGCUUGGUGGAGAACUUCACAAUCGAGAGGCAAAUCAAAGGGAAGGAGCAAAUUUUGAGCCUGGUGACUCUCCCGGGAAGUCACACCAAGAAGUUUACCCACAAAGAUCCUGCCCUUAGCCCGUGGACACAGUAUGAAUUCAGGGGACUGGUGAGCACUCUUGACGGAGGCCUAAACAGCAGCACCUGGGUAGAAGUUACCAAGAGAGCCUGCAGGCGUGGUGGGAUGCAGCCACUCGCCGUGUUCGCCCUGGGACCGGACUCAGUCCAGGUCACUUGGAAACCCCCACUUACCCGGGACGGAGACAUACUAAGCUACGAGAUCCGCAAGUGGGACCAUCACAUCACAAUAACCAAUGUGACUGCCUCAGCAUUCAGACACAUAAUCCCUCAUCUGAUCCCCUUCACUAAUUAUUCAGUCGCUAUUAUUGCUUGCUCUGGGGGUUACAGGUACCUAGGAAGGUGGGAAGAGAGUCUAGCUACCUCCACCACCACCCACCCUGCCCUGCCUCAGGAACUUGGCCCAUUGUCAGUGAUUCCCCUGGGUGAAUCCCAUGUCAGGAUUUCUUGGCAGCCACCAUUCAAGCCGAAUGGACCAAACUUGAGAUACGAGCUUCUGAGACGUAGGAUCCAGCAGCCACUUGCAUCAAAUCCCCCAGAAGAUUUAAAUCUGUGGCACAAUAUUUAUUCAGGAACUCAGUGGUUUUAUGAAGAUAAGGGUCUUGGCAGGUUUGCAACCUACGGAUAUAAGCGCUUUGUAUACAGCAGUGUGGGUUUUACAUCAAGCCAGGAGGUGACUGUGAGGACUUCAGCGGGCUUUCCCCGGAGAGGACCCAGGAUCACUGCAGGCAUCCUUAACCACACAGCCAUCGACGUGAGGUGGGCGAAACCAGCUUUUCAGGGCCUCCAAGGCAACGUUGAAUACUAUACACUGUUUUGGAAUUCUCCGACCUCAAAUGAAUCUCUGAAAACCCUCCCAGAAGUAGACCGUCACGUCAUUGGCCACUUAACUCCACAUACACAGUAUCGGAUUUUUCUCUCUGUCUUCAAUGGAGUCUUCAGAGUCAACAGCACGGUAGUGUGUGUGACCACUCGUGAUGGGGAGCCUCGGGGCAUGCUUUCUCCAGAGGGUGGGGCCAUCAACAGUACAGCUGUACAAGUCAUCUGGACAUCUCCUUCAAACUCAAGCAGCAUCUAUUCUGUCUAUGUAAAUAAGCUCUACAAGGCUGGAAUGGAUGCACCGGGGUCGUUUACUGUGAGAGGCCUGUCUCCCUUCACUAUCUGUGACAUUCAGGUUCAAGUCUGCACGAAGUGUGCCUGUGUGAAAAGCGGUCGAAGCCAAAUCAGCACCAUGGAAGACACUCCAAGUGAUAGUCCAACACCCGGAAUCCACGGCAUCGCUUCAAGAUCACUUCAAGUUGAUUGGGUGCCCCCAGGGAAUCCAAAUGGCAUGAUUCUUGGGUAUGAGCUCUUACAGAAAAUAUGGCUUCCAUACCCUAAAACCCAGAAGGUAAUGAAGGACCACCAUGGUGCUGAGUUCUGCAAGGUGGUCAACUGUCGAGACCCUGAAAAUAUAUGUGGACACACUUGCUAUUCUCCAGAAACUAAGGUCUGCCGUGCGGGGCUUCUCUAUGACCAUCAGCCUGGGUACAGCUGCUGUGAAGAGAAGCACGUCUCUUUCCUUCUGAACUCCACUGACGUUUGCUGUGGUGGCCAGAUCCGAGAUGCACAGCCAGACCACCAGUGCUGCUUUGGGAAUUACGUUAGAAUUCGUUCAGGUGAGACAUGCUGUCCAGACGGGCAGCACAGUCAGGUAUCAGUCGGCUUUGGUCAUGCGUACUAUGGCAGAGUGCCUUACUCCACCUCUGGGAGCCAGGCAUGCUGUGCUGGGGAGCUCCAGGACAGCUAUAGCCAGAAGUGCUGUGGAGGACAGAUCAUGAACCAGGAUUUGGAGUGCUGCGGUGGAAGAGAGGAGGGUGUGGUGUAUAGUCAUCUCCCAGGGAUGCUCUGUCGUGGGCAGGAUUAUGUGACUAUGUCAGAUACCAUAUGCUGCUCAGCUUCCAGUGGAGAGUCUAGAGUACACCCUAAAAAGAAUGACCUGGUGCCAGUAAAAUGCUGCGAGACUGAGCUUAUUCCAGAGAACCAGCAAUGCUGUAAUGGAGCUGGAUAUAAUCUUUUGAAAUAUGUUUGCUCUGACAAGAUUUCAACUGGAAGGAUGAUGAAGGAAACCAGAGUAUGUGCGACUCUCUGCACAGCAUCCACAGAAGCCACAGCACGCUGUGGCCAGUGUGACUUCAACGCCGCCAGCCGUGUCUGUGUUGUGAUAAGAGAGCACCCCGGUCUCACAGGGAAGGCGUCAAUGGAAGGACUGUGCUCUUCUGUCGAAGAAACAGUUCAUUCUGGAGGUGUAAACGUGCUCUCCUUCAGAGAUGCAAACCUUGAGCCCAACGCUAUGUAUGAAUACAGAGUUUCUGUGUGGAACAGCUCCGGGCAAGGAUUCAGUCAGGUGGUUAGAACCAGCACAAAAGAAGAUGUGCUUCAAGGGGUCAGAGCCCCUUGGUGGACCAGAAUGGGCCAACAUGAAGAUGCCAUUUUCUUGAACUGGAAGACACCCCUACAACCUAAUGGUGCUGUCAUUCACUAUAUUCUUCUUCAAGAUGGAAUUGAAUGCUGUCGGGGAGCAUCGCUGAGUUUCACCGACACAGAGGGAAUUCAGCCAUUCCAGGAAUAUUUGUACCAGCUGAAAGUUUUUGCCAUCGCCGGCUGUGCAGCCAGUAGCAUUGUAGUUGCUGAUACCACCAGAGGUGUCCCGGAGAGUGUCCCGCCACCAAACAUCACUGCCCAGAGCACAGGGAUACCGCAGCUGCGCUGGAGUGUCCCAGAGAAACCCAAGGGUGUCGUUAAAGAAUACCAGCUCCAGCUAGAUGGGAGAGGACUCAUCUACACUGACAUUGGUGACAGGAGGCAACAUACGGUCACAGGUCUCCGGCCAAACACAGACCACAGCUUUACACUUGCAGCUUGUACAUCUGCUGGAUGUGCUUCCAGUGAGCCCAGUGUAGGUCAGACUCUGCAGGCUGCCCCUCAAGGAGUUUGGGUGACACCUCGACACAUUAUCAUCAAUUCUACCACCGUGGAAUUAUAUUGGAAUCCUCCAGCAAAGCCCAACGGCCUCAUUUCUCAAUAUCAGCUCAGUCAUAAUGGAAGUUUGCUUUUCGUGGGUGGCAGUGAUAUACAGAAUUUCACCAAUAAAAACCUGGAGCCCAGCAGCAGGUGCAUUUACAAGUUAGAUGUUCAAACUGGGGGAGGCAGUGGCACGAGUGACGGUCACAUUGUCCAGAUGCCCAUGUGGACCCCAGAAGAUGUCCGUCCCUCUUGUAACCUCACAGUGCUGGGGCCUGAUUCCAUAUUCAUAGCUUGGCCACCACCAGGUAUCCUUGUUCCCAAAAUUCUGGUGGAGUACAACAUCUUACUCAGUGGUGGAAGUGUGACAUUUUUUACCUUCUCUGUUGGAUGCUGUCAAUCUGCCUUUCUGAAUAAUCUGGCUCCUUUCACACAGUAUGACAUCAGGAUACAAGCUUGCCAAAAGGGAAGUUGUGGAGUAAGCAGUAGGCUCUCUGUCGGCACACCCGAAGCAGCCCCACUGGGUCUCAGCUCUUCUCUUCUUAAGGCGCUGGGGUCAUCUCGCAUAGAGGUUAAGUGGAUGCCACCUAGAAGACCCAAUGGAGUCAUCACCAGCUACUUUAUUCACAGACGUCCUGCUGGUGCGGAAGAGAAGUCUCUUGUGUUUGAGUGGUCAGAAGGAGCCCUUGAAUUCACGAACAGUGCAGACACUCUGAGGCCGUUCACACCAUAUGAGUACCGGGUCAGAGCCCAGAACUCCAAGGGCUCUGUGGACAGCCUCUGGUCAUCAGCACAGACACAGGAAGCCCCACCUCACAAACGGCAAGUGCCCUGGGCUCGGGCCACCAGUGCUCACUCAGCUCUGCUGAGCUGGACAGAACCAGAGUCUCCCAAUGGUGUUAUCACCAGGUACCAUGUGACCUACCGAAAGAGACCAGAGGAGCCAGCACUUAGCAGUUCAGCUGUGCACACUUUCACGGUACGGGGAACAAGCCAUCAAGCCCAUCUUCUUGGGUUACAGCCCUACACAACAUACCACGUCGGUGUGGUGGCUGGAAACACUGUAGAAGUUUCAAGCCCCUGGACUCUGAUCCAAACUUUCGAAUCUUCCCCAAGUGGACUGAGAAACUGUACAGUGCAGCAGAAGGACAGUGGCCGGGUGUCGCUACUCCAGUGGUCAGAGCCUGGGAGAACCACGGGGGUGACCAAGACUUACAACAUCUUCAGCUCCGGGAUCCUGGAGUACCCUGGCCUGACUCAUCAGCUCCUCUUCCAGCACCUGGCCCCCUUCACUCUUUACACCCUGACCCUGGAGGCCUACACAGUGGCAGGCUGUGCUCACUCAGAGCUCCAGCCUCUCUGGACAGAGGAAGCCCCUCCAGACUCUCAAUCGGCACCUACCACCCAGUCUGUGGAGACUAGCAGUGUACAGCUGUGCUGGGCUGAACCUGUUAACCCAAAUGGGAAGAUAAUUCAUCACGACAUAAUUCAUAGAUGCUUCGAAGAAGAGGAUUGGGGGAAUGGGACAACCCAGGCAGAUGAGAACAUUGUUUCCACAGAAUAUAAUACAGAAAAGAACAUGUAUGUGUUUAAUGACAUGGGUCUGCAUCCAUGGACACAGUGUGCCUAUAGAAUCCGCACUUGGAACUCAGCAAGGCACACCUGCAGCUCUUGGAAUGUGCAGAGGACACUGCAGACGCCUCCAGAAGGCCUUGUUCCACCUGAGAUGUCCAAUGUGUCCAUGAAUCUUAUGCAGCUGCUGAUUUCCUGGGUCCCUCCCCAACAACCUAAUGCCCUCGUCCAGUCCCAUGGGCUUCAAAGGAAUGGAGUGUUGUGUCCUUACAUCUUUGAUGCCGCCACCUUCAACUAUACUGAUAGCGAUCUGCUUCCCUUUUCCACCUACAGUUGUUAUGCAGUCUUCGCCUGCACAGGUGGAAGCUGUUCCACCAGCAAACCCAACAUCACUACUCCUGAGGCGGCUCCAGCUGGAGUCAGCCCUCCAGCUCUUCAGACCAUCAGUGCCAGCCAGAUAAAUGUGUCUUGGUCCCCACCGUCAACCCAAAAUGGAAAGAUUACAAAAUACUUGCUUAGAUGUACUGAUCAGGAGUACCUUGCUGUACAGGGACUGUCCUUGCUGGUUUCCCACCUGCAGCCUUACACUCAGUACAAUUCCUCCCUUGUAGCUUGCACAAAUGGGGGAUGCACCGUUAGUGCAUCCACAUCUGCCUGGACAAUGGAGGUCCCUCCAGAGAACACGGGCUCCCCAGCACUGCAAGUCACAGGUUCACUGUCAAUAGAAAUCACAUGGAAACCUUCAAGAACCCUAAAUGGCCAGAUCAGAAGUUAUGAGCUUCAGAGGGAUGGAGACAUUGUAUAUACAGGUCUGGAAACUCACUACCAUGACUUUACCCUUACCCUGGGUAUGGAAUAUGGCUACGCAGUGACUGCCAUCAACAGCCAAGGAUGUGUCCUGAGUCCACUCAUCAAAGAUCAAACCAGCCCCUCAGCACCCUCGGGGUUGGAACCCCCAAAACUUCACACGAGGGAUGCUCAGGAGAUCUUGGCGAAUUGGGCCCCUCCAGUGAGAAUAAGCAGUGAUACCACCAAUUAUAUCCUCUUCAUCCAUGAGCUGUUUGAAAGGGAGAUCAAAACCGUAUGCAUUAACACGACCCACAGUUCUUCUGGUACACAGUCAUUCACAGUGAAGCCGUUUCACAUGUAUGAAGGGAAAAUCCAAGCCUGCACUGUCAUGGGAUGCAUUGCCCAUGACUGGACACCCACCCAGACUCUGGAGAUGCCAUUGCUGAUGCAACCUGCUCCACAUCUGAAGGUGCAAAGGGCUGCAGGAAGAUUCCAGCCAACUGUAGCCCUGUGGUGGCCAGGGCCACACCAGCCAAAUGGAAAAGUCUUAUACUUUGAAUUGUACAGAAGACAUGUAGCAAGCCAGCCUGGAAAAUACAGCCCAGUGUUAACACACAAUGGAAGCCCGAGCUCGUUUAUGGAUUCAGAGCUAUUGCCUUUCACAGAGUGUAAAUAUCAGGUCUGGGCAGUGAAUUCUGCAGGAAAAGCACAGAGCAACUGGACAUGGUGUAGAACCGACCCGGCCCCCCCAGAAGGUCUCAGAGCACCCACGUCCCACACAGUGUCCUCCACCCAAGUGGUGGUCAACAUCAGCACCCCCGAGAGGCCCGAUGGGAACGUUGGACUCUACAGAUUGUUCUGCAACUCCAGCGGAACCCAUGUGGUGCUGUCUGAAGGCUCGACCACCCAACAGACACUCCAUGACCUUAGACCCUUCACCACCUACACCAUCGGGAUCGAGGCCUGCACCUGCUUCAGCUGCUGCAGCAGAGGGCCAACAGCUCAGCUGAGGCUUCACCCUGCCCCACCCUCAGGACUGUCCCAGCCCCAGGUCCAGACACCGGGCUCCAGGACAGCCUCCCUCCGGUGGACUGUCCCGCUGUUCCCCAAUGGUGUCAUUCAAAGCUAUGAGCUGCACCUGCACGUGGCCUGCCCUGCUGAUUCAGCACCGCCCUGUCCUCCCAGCCACAUGGAAACAAAGUGCAGACGCAGAGCCUGCCUGGUGGGUCUGCAGCCUUACACCAACUACAACGUGCAAGUGGUGGCCCGCAAUGAUGCAGGCAGUGGGGCUUCCGGGUGGACCAGCUUCAGCACCCAGGAGGCACCUCAGUACUAAGCUCCAUUUUCUGUGGACAGCAACAUAUCCACGGUGUAUAUAGACUGGAGCGACACUUUCCUCCUGAAUGGCCAGCUGAAGGAAUACGUGGUCACUGAUAGAGGACAGUGUGUAUACAGCGGCCUGGACACUGCCCUCUACAUACCGAGGACAGUGGAUAAAACUCUCCUUUUCCAGGUCACAUGCACUACAGAUGUCGGAAGUGUUAAGACUCCAUUCGUCCAAUAUGAUACAGCUACUGGACUGGAACUGGUGCUGACAAGUCCUGGAGAAACCACGGCAGUGGGGAACAAAGGCACGGAGUUGUACAGCGAGCUGUGGUUCAUUGUGCUAAUGGCUGUGCUGGGCCUAAUCCUGUUGGCCAUUUUCCUGUCCCUGGUACUACAGAGAAAAAUACACAGGGAACCGUAUAUCAGAGAGAGACCACCCCUGAUACCUCUUCAGAAGAGGAUGCCUCCACUGAGCGUCUACCCACCAGGGGAAGCACACAUGGGAUUAACAGACACCAAAAUUCCUUGGUCUGGGAUGCCUAUGAGUAUUCGGAGCAGCCAGAGCGUGUCUGUCCUGCAGAUCCCAAGUCAAAUCAGCCAAACCUACCCCCAGGACUCUCUCCACCGCAGCAUCAGCCAGCUCAUGGACAUUCCAGACAAGAAAGUCUUGAUUCAUGACUCAAUAUGGGAAACCAUUAUGGGCCAUAAUAAUGGACUGUACGUGGAUGAAGAGGACCUGAUGAAUGCCAUCAAGGGUUUCAGCUCAGUGGCCAAGGAACGCACCACCUUCACUGACACCCAGCUGUGAUAGGUGUAAGAGGGAACCCCAGGUGCAGGCUGUGCACCAACUUUCCUGAUUACGACUCGGAACAUCAGAAAUGCCGAAAAUCACUAUUUGUUAUUCUGUAAUAAAGAAAUGAGGGUCUAAAGUCUUAGUAACCGUGAUCUAAGAACAGCUAUUUCUCUAGCUGUCUCAAACAAUAUCAUACACAAUACUUGUCUUACCUUGCUGGUUUUAUAAACGAUGAAAUAUGUAAUUUUCACUGGGCUCUGACAGGGAUGUGUUAGUUAAAUGAAUUAUCAAGGGCAGUUUCAAGAUGGCCCACAUUUGUUAUCAGUAAUGUGAUGUUAGUGGUUUAAACUAAGCAAGUCUACCAAGAUGGCCCCAUUGCUCCUGUGAUCUCCAUCACAGCUGACAUAACCUGAAAGAAUAGCUGAAUUGACCAUCAG